GUUUACUUGCAUUCCUUUCUCUGCAAAACUUCUGCGAAAAGCUUUAUUGUGUGUUUCCUGUGCGUAAACUGCGGUAACAACUGGGGAUCUCUACAUCAAAUCUUUUGAAACCGAAAUCAGGUAAUGUAUGACGAACCUCUGAUUUUGAGUUACUCGAAGCGUCACUUCUCCUUUCUCCCUUUCUGUGAUUGAUUUAGAGUCCUUUGAAGGAAGUUAGGGUUAGAGGCGAGAAGGAUUUUGAAUGUGCAACAAAGGGGGGUUUUUUUUUUUUUUAUGUGGGAUCCUGAUUUAUUCCUCCCCCCUACUUCGUGCAGAGUUUGAGAAAAUGCCUUCAGAAGGAUCAGAAAGUGUAGUUGGGAGUGAGGUGAUGCCCCUGGACUAUGGGAGCAUGGACGCAGAGAGUAGUCCAUCUCCAACUAGUUCGGAGAAAACGGUAGAGGGGGUGGGAGGAGAUGAGGUGGUGGAGGUUGGGGAGAGAGAGGUGGUAGAGGUGGGGAGGAAUGAGAUGGUAGGGGUUAGGGUAGAUAGUAUACCCAUCACCGUAGUAGAAGUAGAGGGUAGAGGGGAGAGGAAUUAUGAUGUGAAUGCGAAGAUAGUGGAGGAGGUGAAGCAGUACAGAUCUGAGCUAAGGACCAGGGAUAGCCUGGGUCACUUAGUAGAAAAUUACGAGAUCUCGUCUCGAGUUUUAGUUAGGCCAGCUGGGGUAGAGGAGAGGGCAUGCCCUGCUCCUCGGGAUCACUGGAUGCCUGUGUACUCCCACUAUUUGAUAGCGGGACUCAGGUUUCCACUUCCUGAGUUGCUAGUGGGUUUACUGUUAGAUUACAACAUAGGGUUGACACAGUUGGUCCCCAACGCAAUAAGGGGGGGUAGUAGAAGAGAUAAGGGGUGGUAUUAUUUCACCCCGAGGGUAGCUAGUAAGGGGAAGUGGGGAAAAGGGGAUGCCGCGGUGAGGGAGUUAGCUUCCUGGAAGGCCAAAAGGGCCAACCAGAAUAGCGUGCAAUGCAUAGAGGCUGCUGAGCUCUAUGGGCUAAGCGCUUUGAGUGAAGCUGAAAUGGACCAGUUCUUGAACACUGCUGGAGGAGCGGCCAUCCCCAAGAAGCCAAGGAAGAAGUCAAAGACUUCAACCAAACAAGUGGAUGAGGGGAGGACCAGGAAAGAGGUAAUGCUUGCGGCUUCAGCUGAGACGGAGGAGAAGGUGCCACAGCUGAAGAGGAAGGGCUGGGAGGAGAGGAGGGCGCUACAGAAGAAGCAGAGGGUGGUGGAGGAGGAGACGAGGAAUGAGGUCCCUGUGUUCGUACCUCAGCCUUCUCCUGUUGAGCUGGACCCCGAGCUCAGACAGUUGGAGAAGGGGGUUGAGGUACGAGCUCCUGGAAAGGGAAAAGGCCCUAUUCCCCCACUGGGGCCUCAGAGCAGCCUGUUUGAGGCGAAGAACAUAACGAGGGCCAGGUGGUUCAUCAACAACACCUUCCCCGAGGUGGACCAAAGCAACGCGCGGGAGGAAGGUCUGAGUUUUGAUCUGCAGAGCGCGAGCUGGGUGAAUGGUCUAGCCCAGGAGUUCAGGGAGAGCCUGAAAGAUCGCGCACUCUUGCAGAGGCAGCGGGACCAGCUGCAGAAGGAGAAGGAGGAGUUGGAGAAGAAAAAUAAGGAGCUGCAAGAGUCUCUGAACGAGGUGGUUCCAACCGUCUCACAGUUGGAGCAAGAGAGGGCGUCUCUGAGCACCAAGCUCACUUUUGAGGAGAGCAAACGGAGGAUCGCUGAAAGCGAGUGUGAGGCUCAGGCACAAGAAAUGAAGCUGAUGACGGAGGCAUUCAAGGAGCUGAAGGAGAACAUGCGGAAGUUGGUGCAUAAUGGGAUGAAGGAGCACAUCAGUAACUUCAUCAGUUCCAGCUCCUUUGAUAGCAUCGUCAACUUGUACCGGCUGCCCACUGCCAUCAUCGCUUUCACAGACUGCAGAAAGAAGGUGAAGGCUGAAUAUCCCGAAGUGGAUGUGACAAAGAUCACCUUCGGCGAGCAAGAAGGAGGAGUGGAGGAGGAUGGCGAGAGCAUGUCAGCAGACUUUCGUCCUCAGAUUAAGCUGAGGUGGGAGGAUGAUGCAGACGGUCUUGCUGUUUUUCCUCCACAGUUCGACUUCGAGUUCGUUGCAGUGGAGGAAGGAGGGGCAGAGGCAGAGGAGGACGAGAUGGAGGCAAGAGUGGAGGGAACUGAAGUGGGUGAGGUCCAACCAGUUCCAGAAGUGGAGAUUCAUCCAGUUCCUUUUGACGAUGAGCAACCUCCUCUGCCGGACGAGCAGCAGCCAACUCAGCCACCUCCUCCAGCUGAGCAGGAGCCAGUGGAGCCAGUGGAGCCACCUCUCCCAUCAGGGAAAUAAUUUUUGUUUUUUGAUUUUUUGUAAAGACAGUUAAACAGUUUGUAAUAUUUAUGUUAUUCUGAAUGAAAAUUCAUUUUUGUAAUUAUGUGUUUAUUUAUGUUUGCCUGCUUAUUAUUAUAUAUUGAUAGAAGAACUGAGAUCACUUUUAAAAAAGAAGGUUAAUAAAAAGAAGUUAAUCAC